AUGCACAAAAUGAUUGCUCUCGUUGUGCUCGUCACCGCAGUAUCGCUUGCCGGUGCCAAACCCGAACCGAAACCGGAUAUACUGGUCGAUAGUGUCCCGGUCGUUGCUGCUGCUCCUGCCGUCGCCAGCUACGCAACCUUCUAUGAGCAAACGUUCCACGGUAACCUGGCCCCGGGACCUGCGUACGUGGCGUACGCAACAUACAGCCCCUACGUUGCUUCCGUACCGGUCCACGUCGGUGCUUCGAUACUUCUGAAGAAGUAG